CCAAGCCCUGAGCAGGAAUCUGGGUGCCAUUCACAACCUUGCCUCUCCUCCUGGCCUGAGCAGCUGGGAAUACGGCCGCAAAGGUUUUGGGCACAUGGGGCUCUUGCAAGCCAUCUCUGAAGGCUGUGGCCAGGCUCCAUCUGCGCAGGGUGACUUUGCUCUCUACAGCCCUCCUGAGAUGCUUCCUUUGGUACCUUCUGCUUAGAUUUCCCCAACAUUAAUCCAGAUAAAGAUGGAGGCUUUCUCCAGAUUGGGAUUUCACUAGGGAAAUUGCCUCUUCAUCCCCUGGAAAUACGCUUAAUUUUUCCCUGUGCUUCUGGGCACAAGACCUUGCAAAGAGCAUUCAUGGUGAGCACGAAGGAUGAGAAAAGUGUUCCAGGCUCAGUGAAACAACAUCCCUCUCUGUUUGCUGUGUGCCCUUUCUACCCCAUAGUCACCCUCUUUCCUUGACAAGAGUCCAAGACCUCCAAUUAGCAACCUGACCCUCAGGGUUCCCUGGUUACUUGAAGGGUAGACCAUCUCAUUGGCCUCUCUAAUCCAGCAUCGGUUCUCCCAAGGACCCUCGGGCCCAGGGGCGUCCAGUUGAGGGGCAUUGUGCCAUUCUCCCAGGGCUAGCCUUUGAUACAUUUAUUUUUCAUCCUUAGCCUUGUCUUGGUAGCCAUUCCCGUGUUUCAAUGAAACAGUUGUGCGGUUCGCGUACCUGUGUGGGAUGAUCCUGUAGGGCUUAUAAGGGAAUGAGCAAGCCUUGAGCCCGAUGGGGCUUCAGAACCUCCCCAAAGGGAUCCAAUCUCAAGUAGGACCAUCACUUGAGGGAGUGUUGGCACAGGCUGAUCAUACCAGGGCAGAGGGCGGCGAUGUGGAUGCUCCCUUGGAAGAUUUUUGGGCCUGGAGAGCUGACCUGCCUCUGAGCUUUCCUGAGGAGCAAAACGCCCUAGGCGUCCUUUAGGGGCAGGGAAGCAGAAGGUGCCCAGGGUGCCCUGUGGCUUGGGCAGAGGAGAUGCUGCCCUUCUUCUGGAGCCAAAGCCAAGGGGACCCUGCCGCAGGUAGGAGAGCAAUCCCAAAUCACCCUCCUCCUCCCCCAAGGCCUUUCCCACCAGCAUGGCCGGGAGUGGCUGAGGUGGGGGCUGCUGUUGUCUGGGAGCCAGUUGGGGAAGGGCAUGGAGCCUUAGCUUUGCCAUUGGUGUCCAGAGGCAUCUUGAUCCUGAGGCUGGGUCUGCCACCUUCUCCUGCAGGUGACUUGUACUCCCCUCUCCCUCUCCAGCAGGCUCUCACUGGGCAGCCUAGAAAUAAAUCUCUCCUGGUGUGGAAGGAGGAAUAUAAAUAUCCCCGGAGUGAUGUGAUCUUUCCAGCUGCUAUUAAUAGGCCCCCAGAGGCUUAGCCAGCCCACGUGACGACGGAUACUUAAAGAGACAGGGUGUCACAAAGGAGCCCCCCCCCCCCAAGGGCUGGAGCACCUGCUAGCCAGACAGGUGCAGGUCUUGGGAUGGGCUUCCCACCUUGAGAAGGACCUUAAGAGGACCCUGAAAUUGGUAGGGCUGGAGGGGAUCCAUAGCCACCCCCAGGCUUUGAGAGUGACCUCUUUUCAAAGCCAUGUGGAAGGGAGGCUUUCCCCCUCCCUUGCUGUGAUGGGGAGGGGGCUUCUCCCUCCCCUGUCCUGAAACUCCCCCAUUUAGCAAUCCCUUUGGAUUCUCUCGGCCUCUUUCGAAUCUUCUAUUGUUCGCCUUUUUUCCAAAAUGCUACAAGGUGCACUCUGGCCCAUUAGCCACUCUUCUGCACAUUGUCAAUUGUCACAGUACAGUGUAGGUGUCGAACUUCAUACAGAACUGUGUAGGCUUCGCCACCGUAUCAUAUAUUUGUAUGAAAGGAUGGUGACGUGGACUGUUAAUUCCGGUUUAUUUCCAGUGAUUCCCUGUCACCCAUCUCCUCCCACUUACGACUGUAUGACUGUAACCUUGUUGCUGGUAUCCUUACGAUUUAUAUUGACUCUUUCCUAAUAUGAUUUGAUUGCUUAUUUGUUCCUAUGACUAUCAUUAAGUGUUGUACCUUAUGAUUCUUGACGAAUGUAUCUUUUGUACACUGAAAGUGUAUGCAGCAAAACAAAUUCCUUGUUUGGCAAUCACACUUGGCCAGUAAAAAGUUCUGUUCUGUUCUGUUCUGUUCUGUUCUGUUCUGUUCUAUUCUAUUCUAUUCUAUUCUAUUCUAUUCUAUUCUAUUCUAUUCUAAAUUCUAAUUCUAAUUCUAAUUCUAAUUCUAAUUCUAAUUCUAAUUCUAAUUCUAUUCUAUUCUAAAGGUUUUUUAGCAACUGGACAAUAGGGAUGUGUUUUCAUUAAAUUGAUACCGAAAAUUCCUUUCCUCAUCCAUCCUAGCCAGGAAUACCUAUUCAUGUGGAGUUUUGGGGGGGCAUCUUUUGCUUUUCAGUGUCCACUCCAGCAGUUUGGAGAGGGGCUUCUGAAGGUCUCAAGGCUUCUUUGUUGCCUUAACCAUGCAAAAUGAUUUUGGAUUGUAAGCAAAUUUGGUCAUCUUAGUGCUUAUGAAGAUAUUGGUCCCAGCACUUAUCCUUAGAACUUUUCAUAUUUGUCUGAAUUGUUGGUUGUUUCUCUUCUGUGUUUUCUCUUAUCCCAACUCAUAAUGAAGUUACUGUUUAUCCCAGGACAGCUGAAACGCCUUUUUAAAGCCUUAACAGACUUGCCUCUGUCUAAAAAUCUGUUGAACUUUGAAAAAUUAAUAAGACUUACUUCUGCAGAAGCCAUGCUGAUUCUUCAAUAUGUCUGAACAUGUUUAAUCCUGCCUCACCCCCCAAGCCCCCCCCCACAGUUUCCCCCCUAAUUGGAGGAAUCUGCAUUGCUUCGGCCAGUUCUACAACACGGUUAUCUUGUGAUGAGAACAUCUGGAUAUGGCAACUUUUGGAGUGGAUCCCUUACAAUGCAGUGUCCUUCCUCCUCUUGAGGCCUCCUUCUCCUCUCCUGCAGUGCUGUCCACCCCUUUCCUUAACUUAGCCAGAAAGGGGUGCCAGAUUCAAACUCCCACGGGGAGCAGGGGAAAUUCUUGGGCCUCGAGGUUGAGGGCUUCUGGGGAGUGAAGAUUGCAAGGUUUGCCAGAGUCUCGGGGACACCCUGGCACAAGGUGGGUGUCCUGAGCAGGAGGUGGGGCAUCUGCCAUAGCCUCUUCUUUGCCCCUCUGAUGACUGUUUUUGUCUUAUGCCCCUCUUCCCCCCCCCACCCACCCAGGAGGCAUUUGGUCCGACCGGAAGUGCCAGUGGCGGUGGACCCAGAGACGUGGCGCUGCCAGAAACCUCAGCCAGUCAAAUGCACCCUGACAGUAAACUGACCAACCAUGGAAAGACAGGCGAGACAGUCCCUCGGAGCAAGAGGCGCUGCGUGUUGGAGAGGAAGCAACCCUACAGCGGGGACGAGUGGUGCUCUGGGCCAGAGAGCGAGGAUGAUGACAAGUCGCUGGGCAGCAGCCACAAUUGCCACGUAGCCGAGUCGGCCAUGAGCGCAGGUGCGCAGCUGGGCCCAGGAUCCAACCCUUUGCCGGCCCUGAGCGAGAGCAACACGCCUGGCGCCCCUCACAGCGCAGCUCCCAGCCUGCGGUCAGACGCUGGAGGAAAGCAGGGCCUGCAGCUGGUCUAUGUCUUCACCACACACCUGGCCAACACGGCUGCGGAGGCCGUCCUUCAGGGUCAGGCAGACUCCAUUCUUGGCUACCAUCAGCAACAUGUGCCCCGGGCAAAGUUGGACCAGCCGACCCCUCUCCCGAAGAUGCCGGGUGCCGUUGAACCCCUGCCGCUCCACUUGUCUCCUGCCAACACCCCUCAAGGACCGCCGGCCCUGCCCCCAAGCAGCCAGGCCCAGGGACAGCAGGUGGGAGGGGCCCCCCUGGGGCUCGGCCAAGGACCUAUCUCUUCCAGCAAUGCUCUCCCGCCAGAGGGGCCCCCCGAAGAGGCUUGCCAGGACCUGACGCCCAACUCAGUGGGAAACGGCAGCAACAGCAGCAGCUCCGUGGCCCCCAGCAGCACCCACCCCAGCACCCCCACCACGCUCAGCUCCCUGCAGGCCAGCACUGCGGAGGGCUUGUUGGGGGAGGUGGCCAGCACGGGUCCCCCUGCAGCAGGUAACGGGCCUCGCAACCCCCUCAACACCGAAGGCCUCUCCAAGGAGCAGCUCGAGCACCGGGAGCGGUCUCUGCAGACUCUCCGGGACAUUGAGCGCCUGCUUUUGCGUGGCAGCGAGGCUGAGCCCUUCCUCAAGGGCGGGGCAGGCCCUGGGGAAGGGGCUAUCCUGCCCCCCCAGGCUACAGCCCCACAGCCUCCCCAGGGUGCCCUCUCCGGGACAGGUGUGAAGAAGUAUGAGGAGCCGCUGCAGUCCAUGAUUUCGCAGACACAGAGCCUGGGGGGCCCAGGCCUGGAGCAGGAGGGGCCGUUGCCCCCAGGGGUGGACCUGGGCCAGCCAAUGAACAUGGUGCUGCAGCGCCUCGGCCAAGACAGCCUGACCCCCGAGCAGGUGGCCUGGCGCAAACUGCAAGAGGAGUACUACGAGGAGAAGCGCCGUAAGGAGGAGCAAGCCGGCUUGCAUGGGGGGCGGCCGCUGCAGGAAGUGAUGCUGGCCCAGCCGUUGGGAGGUGUGAUGCUUCGGGGGCCCCCGCCGCCCUACCACAGCCGGCCCGGGGAGCAGUGGCUCCUGCGGGGGGCACCCCUGGACAUUCAGGAGCAGCUGCGGCCCACCUUCCCCGGCCCCCGCGGCUUCCCAGGUGGCCACGUCCAGAGGGGCUUUGCUACAAUGCCGAGCCUGCCCCUGGAGUCCCUUGGCCCAGUCGGCGGUGGGCCCCGCCCUGUCCAGCCCGGCCUACCGUGGGGCGAAGACCUGCCCCUCAGGGGUCCAGGGCACUUUGCGCCCGGGGGCCUCUCGUACCCCCCAGGACAGGGCGAGGCUGAGCGCUUCCUGCCAUCCCGGGCCCGCGAGGACCUGCUGCGUCACCCACUGCUGGAGAAGCGGCCAGGCUCUCUGGGGCUGGAGAUGGAGCGCGUUUUGCCCACGCACCGGCAAGUGGAGCCUGGCAUGUUUGCCGGGGAAGGCCUGGGCUUGGAGUUCGGGGGGGGACGGGCCCUGAUGAGUCCCCCACCCCCACUGCAGGAGGUGGAGCCGAGCGCCUUGGCCACGCCUACCAACCUGAACAUGAAUGUGAACAUGAACAUGAACUUGAGUGUGCAGAUGACUCCGCAGCAGCAGCAGCAGCAAAUGCUGCUGACCCAGAAGGCCCGUGGGCCAGAGCUGAUGACCCCUGAGGAGAUGGCCCGAGGACGCGCCCCAAAUGGCACCGGGGCCAUAAUGGGGGCCCCACCGAAGAUGCUGAUGGGCUCGCCCUUCCCAGGCCAGGGACAGCAGCAGAACUUCUCUGGGCAGGGCCCCUACCCACCUGUGCCGCAAGAGAUGGGCGGCACGCCUGAUAUGUUUGGUCCGGAGCAGGGUGGCCUGGCCGGCACCCCACGGCUCACCCACGUUCCCCUGCCGCCCAGCACCAGUGCCUCGGCCACGAACAUGCAUGCAGCUCCCAUCAGGGGCCUGGGCCGCCGCCCCUCGGACCUGGCCCUCAACAUGGGGCAGAUGAACUCGCCCAGCGUGGGCCGUCUCAAGUCUCCCACUCUCAGCCAAGCACAUUCCCCCCUGGGCACGUCCCCUUCGGCCAACCUCAAGUCGCCACAGACGCCUUCUGCCCUGGUCAGCCUGCCAGCUACCGCUGCCAGCAGUGGCCCCCUCAAGUCCCCCCAGAUGCUGGGUUCUGUGCUCAAUGUCCGCUCCCCGAGUUCGCCCGGCCAUCUCAAAUCGCCCUCCAUGGCUGUUUCUUCCCCAGGAUGGGCACCCUCCCCCAAGGCCAGCCUCGCCAGCCCAGGCAAGCCAGCCCUCGGAAUGGGCAACUCCGCCCCCUUGGGCCACCUUGAGCAAGGUGCUGUGCCCUCUGGGUCUCGGAGCAGCUCCUCUGCCCCACCUGGCAACACCUCUGGCCCCCUGAACCCCAACCUGCCUUUUCCUUCUUCUCCAGAUCCACCCCCAUCCCAGAACCCUUUGUCCCUCAUGAUGUCCCAGAUGUCAAAAUACGCCAUGCCCAGCUCCACGCCACUCUACCACAAUGCCAUCAAGACCAUCGCCACCUCAGAUGACGAACUGCUCCCGGACCGGCCCCUGCUGCCGCCUGGAGCUAUGUCUGGCAUGGGCGGAAACCAGCCCAAUCCAAUGCAUGUGAACUCUGUGGGGCCGGCCCCCGUGCCGAGCCCUAUGGGCCUGAACCUCGCUGGACAGCAGCUGCUCUCCCAGGAAGUGGCAGCCCCCCCAAUGUCUUCACCCAGCCCCUUGGGGACCGGCCUCCCCAUGCACACCAGCGCUCCUGUGCAGAACCCGAUGAUGCCCCCCGGCCCCCCAGAUGCCCUGGGCCAGCCCUGUGGCCCUUCUGGCCAGCUGGUGUUCGCGCCACGUCUGCAGCAGCCCCCCACCAAUGGGGGCGGCAUUCCAAUGGCCCCAGGAGGGGCAGCCGGACCCGGGUUGCAGCAGCCGCCUCCCCCACAGCAACACCACUACCCGCCUGGCUUGGGAGUCCCUCCGGAGGAGCUCCCCCCCCAGCAGGUGCCUCCUCAGCAGCGCCUGGCCGGGCGGCUGCCGGAGUCCUACCCAUCCGUGCUUCCCGGAGUGGCCUCCGUACUGAGCGAUCCAGAGCUGAGCGAUGUGAUCCGGCCCACCCCAACGGGCAUUCCAGAGUUCGACCUCUCCCGCAUCAUCCCUUCGGAGAAGCCCAGCAGCACGCUGCAGUACUUCCCCAAGGGGGAGGGCCAGGGGGUCAAGGCCCUGCCCCCCUCCAACCUGCACCUGGCGAGCUUGCAGAACAUGAUGGUGGAACAGGGCCCGGCCCGGCCCGGCCCACAAGCAAUGCCCCGCGGAAUGGCCCUAUGCCAUCCUGGACAGAUGCCCGUUCUGGGCAGGACAGGCCUGCCCCCCCAGCAGAGCCUGGUGGGCAACAGCCUGCCCCAAGGGCUGGUGCUGCCCCAGCAGAGCCUCCUGGCACAGCAGAACUUCCUGCUCAUGCAGGCCAAGCAGCGCAGCAUUUCUGUCUCCGGAGAGAUGUACGGGCAGCCGGCGGGUCACCUGAUCUCCCCCCAGGGCUCCCUUAUGGGUCCCCCGUCCCAGCAGAACCUCAUGGUCUCCAUGCGCCAACGCAGUGUCUCCCUGGACGGCCAGAUGAGCUACGGCCCCGGAGCCGGUGGCAUGGCCAACCUGCCCUUCUAAGGAACGUUCUGCCGUCUCUGCUUUGCUUCUGAAAGGAGGAAUUGGGAGGUGUCAAUAGGUUUGGGGGAGCGACCGCCGGCCCAGCCUUCUCUGGGUCGGAGUAGACGGAGGAAAAGGUGGAAGCCCUCGACCAGUUACCCUGGCGCCAGAUGGAAAUCCCACCCAGCAGCUGCCUGCAACAGAGCGGAGUCCGUGCGCAAGAUGUCAGCACUUCAAGCUGCAUUUACCCCAGUGCUGGGUGUCUUCCUGGGGUUCGCCUCAAAACCUGACACAAGCUGCCCACAGGGCUGGACACUCCAGGCUGGUGCUGGGAUAGGGCCUGAGGUGAUGUUUGCACCCCUACCCCCACUUAGAUCUCCUUACAGGACAUUUGCCCCGAAGAAACGCCACGGGAGUGGAUUGGCACUUUCCCCCGUGCUCUGGAUGGAUUGUGGCCAGCACAGGAAACGAGAAGGAGGCUUCCCGGACUGUUGGGCACUGCCCCUUCAGUGGCCUUCUGUGUUUGCUUGUUUUCCCAAGGGGGGGGCAGUCUGGGUGAGUCCACCCUAGCUGUUCACUUUGCUUCCAUGCCACCUUGCACUUUCUGCCCGGCCCCUUGCUGGACAAUGAAAUAACAUUGUCGUGAAAUAACACCUGGGGGGAGGAGGAGGAGGAGGGGAGGUUUGGGGAUCAAAGGUCGAAAUAGUCUCCCAUCAAAAAAAGAUGGCUUUCAUUUGGCAGCAGUUGCCCACAAUGAACAAAGAGAAGUGAAAAGCAAGCGGUUGCCCUCCAGCAAUGCCAGAGACCCAGUGAGGCUCGCAGAGAGAUGGGCACGAGAGGGCAGGCCCUGUAGCCUCACUUGGGAAAGGCUCGCCUGCCCCUCGUGGGGGUGUGUGUGUGGGGGGGGUUUCACACCCUGCCCUCUAACUUUGUCUAGUGCGCAGGGCACAGAGCGAGUCAGGGAGGCCCUUCCUCUGCCUGCCCAGGGUUUGUGGAGCACCCUAGGCUCAGGGUGGGGGGCUGGGUCUUGCAGGACCCUCCCGGCAGAUGCAUCUGGCACUGCCAAGCUGGGACGCCCCUGCACUUUUAGACUCAGCUUCUGCCUGAGACCUGCCCCCCCCCCACCCCCGCCCAGCUUUGGCAGUGAAGCUCAGAAGGGGGAGGGCGGAGGAGGCUUCAGAAAGUGUGCUGAGGCGAUCAGACAACAGAAUUAGUACCCCCAAGAAGCAAGGAGGAAAGGCUGGAUUUCCAGGGUCUCUUGGGCCAUCCCAGCGAAGGCCUGGCCAGGAGUUUCGCCACAACAGCGCUCCCCCCCCCCCCC